UUUACCUCUUCUUUUGACCAAAGCCAAUCCUUCACAUUUUUUUUUCUUUUUAGCAUAUUUAUACAGUAGACACAUGAUCCGCAGAAACACCCGUCUUCGUAGAGAAUAUCUUUACAAAAAAUCCCUUGAAUCCAAGGAACGUACCAUCUAUGAACGUAAACAAAAGAUCAAGGAAGCUCUUGAACAGGGUAAGCAAAUUCCCACUGAAUUGAGAAACAUGGACAAGGCAUCCAAAGAAGAUCUCGGUUAUGAUCAAGCUCAAGAAGCUCCUGCCACCCAUGAAGAUGAUGAAUAUGCUCGUGCAGGUGUUUAUGAUCCCAAGAUCCUGAUCACUACUUCCCGUGAUCCUAGUAGUCGUUUACAACAAUUUUCUAAAGAAAUGCGUCUUGUGUUUCCCAACAGUCAACGUAUCAAUCGUGGUGGUCAUGUGAUGAAGGAAAUUGUAGAGGCUUGUAGAGCAAAUGAAGUAACAGAUCUGAUCGUCUUGCAUGAACACCGUGGUCAACCAGAUGGUAUGAUCGUCAGUCAUUUUCCUUAUGGUCCUACAUGUUAUUUCUCUCUGCAUAACGUUGUGCUUCGUCAUGACAUUAAAGACCAAGGCACUGUAUCUGAAGCAUUUCCUCAUUUAAUAUUCGAAAACUUUAAUUCUAAACUGGGUGCAAGAAUUACCAAUAUUUUGAAAUAUUUGUUUCCUGUCCCUAAAGAUGACACAAAGCGUGUGAUGACUUUCUGUAAUGACAAUGACUAUAUCUCAUUUAGACAUCAUGUUUAUGUGAAAGCAGCAAAUCAAGUUGAACUAGCAGAAGUUGGACCUCGUUUUGAGAUGCGACCCUACGAAAUUAGACUGGGUACAGUUGAUCUAACAGAUGCUGAUGUUGAAUGGCAUUUGGCCUCUUACACAAGAACAGCUUCUAGAAGAAUGGAUUUAUAGACUCCUUAAAUUUACCAUUUUAAGCGAACAAAAGAUGCUUGAUUUGUAUAUAUAUAUAAUAAAUAAAUAAAAAAAAAAAAAAU